AUCUGGAUCGGCUCGGUGUUCAUUUUCAGUUCUCUCUUCACAGCAGUUCAGUCAGUGUACUGUUUGAGUAAAUGAAUUACUCCGGGAUAUUGGUUUGUUUUAACUCAGAGGGAGUGUGGUUUUUUAAAGCUCUCUAAAAGCUUUAUUUCCACUGUUAAGUUUAGCGCCAUAUAAAAGGUUAUUACGUGGGUUAGCGUCAGAUGAAAAUACGGAACCGGGAACCGGAAACUGUUAGCCCAGUAGAGAGUGUAGUCGGAAACACGUCACAAUCCCCGCUGCUAGAGCCGGUGCAUGGGGCUCAGUCAUAUGUAAGAAAAACACAGAACUGUGGCGAUCAAACAUGUGGAUCGCAAAACGCCUCUUAUCCUCCAUAUUCCUCAAAGGACAUUACAGUCUGUUCGGUCGCCCCCCAAGCUCCUUGCCUCAAUAUGAGCUCAGAUUCUUGCACUGCACCUGUUGCAGAAGCAGCAAAAUAAUGAUCUCUGGGCUUGACAUCCUGAAUGCAUCCGUUUCUUCUGAAUUAAGCCAAGAAAAUGACAAAUCCCUGGACUCAUGUUAUACCACUGAGCAGCGUGCUGUCAUCCUCCAGUGCCUCAAUACAGCCACAGAGUCAGACCUGGAGCAGGUCAAACUGCUACGAGGACGGAAAGCUGUUAACAUUGUCAAAUACAGAACUGCACAUGGACCAUUCAACAGUCUUGAGAGUGUCAUGAAUGUGCCAUUACUGAAACACAAGAGUGCUGUCAUAGUCUUUGACUCCAUUCUUAAACCAACUGACAAGAAGGAGAGGAAAAAGGGAAAAGUCCAUCUGGCUAAAUUCAUAAGGCCUGAGGUUGACCGAGCUCUGUUGGAGGAUGCAAGCUCUAUCGUGUCCAUUGUUUGUGGUACUAAUAAAAUCGCAUGGACACACAUGGAUCGUGCAAGAACUGUAUUAGACUGGCAGCAAGCAGAGUGCAAGAGUUUUAUGAAAGGAAUGUACAUGGCAUCCGAUUAUUUGGAAGAUAUCUCUACUGUUAUUUCAAGCUUCCCUCCUGCCGACUUUUUUUUGGUGGAGAAACCAAGCAUCUCUCCCCAGAAUACUUCUCUUUAUCCAGUCUUGGCCCAUCUCCGGACAGUAGAGGCCAUGCUAUUUGCUUUACUCACUCCAGCAAGGGAACCAGGAAGCCCCCCCAAAGUCCUUAACAUGAUGCGAACAGCUGUCGGCCGCCAUUUCAACCUAAUAGUGGGAGAUUGUCGUACAAGUGGAGCUGAGACCGUGAGGAAGAUGAUGACGGAGUCGGUGAUGAAGCAAAACCCACGUGUUAUUUUUCCACAUGACUUGGUAUUAAAGCACAGAAACUCCUUUAAGAUGAGCAGUAGGAACAGAGGGGAAGAGCUAUGUGAUGCUCUCCUGCAAGCUGUUGUGUUUUUUGAACUCCUGCAGGAGUGAAUCGCUACUGAAUGACUCUCAUUUGUUUGACUCUGGAGCUCCUUCUCCCUUCCACUGAGUAAAAUUGUAUGCUAUGCUUUUCUGAAACAAAGACUACAUAUUAAAGUUAAUUUAAGUUGCUUGAACCUGACACAGGAUUUUAUAAUAAUUUUUGUAUUUAUUUAAGUGUUAAACUAUAACCUAGUUGGUGUUGAGGAGAAACUUUAUAUAUUUAAAGGUUAAAUAUUAUUAAAUAAAAUCUACAGUAACACACAUGAUUAUAGCAAUUUUAAAAAGGGGGGUGUUUCCUCCCAAAAUGAAAAUUUUGUAAACAUUUACUCACCCUCAAAUUGUUCUAAACCUGUAUGUGUUUUACUCUUUUUCUGUUUUUUUUUUUUUUACUGUUGAAUACAAAAGAAGAAUGUGGGUAAGCAAACAGUUGCUGGUAGCCAUUGACUUGUAUAUAAUUGUAGUAUAUGUUUUGCUAGUAUCAUUACAAAAUUACCAAUUGGAUGAACUAUCCCUUUAAGGAGGAAUUACAGUUAAAAAUAAUUUAAUAACUGGUCCAAGACACUAAAGUAAAUUCUGAGAAAGCUCUAGUAUUAUUUGUUCACAGAUGAUACUCUGAUUGACAUCUUGUGUCUAAUACAGUGAAGUUGAGACAUUUUUUAAAAGGAACUUAAGUGUCCUUUUGGAGCCACCGUAUUUGCUGAAAUGUAUAGUGAGAAUGUCAAAGCUCAUUUGAGGUACUGGUUAAAAUUCCCACUGCUAAUUAGAAAAAUAUAGAUUUUCUUUAUUCGCCAAGAAUAAAUGAUCUAGCAGACAAAUA